UGUCAGUGUUAUUGAAUCUUCAAUAGCUGGUGAGAAUUAAGAAGUAAAAAUCAUUGAGACAGAAAGCAAGACUUGGACAAAUGCAUUACUGGGUUCGAGUUUCUGCUUCUGAUUUCUCCGGAACUAUUCCCCAGCCUCGAAGUGGUCACACCGCCGUUCCCAUCGGAAAAUCCAAGAUUGUUGUGUUUGGUGGCCUUCUCGACAAGAAAUUCCUUAAUGACAUCGCUGUUUAUGACAUCGUUAUUUGGGUUUUUUCCCUUCUCUUUCAUUCUUUGUUUUUAUUGGGAUUGUUCUUUGGUAUUUGGUGAAAGUUCUUUUU